CUCCCGAAUUAAACAUUAGACCGAUAACCGAUGAGUUUUCCUGGAUAAUUCUGAGACUGCGGAGUUAUAUAAAGCGUGUUUUAGAGCCGCGCUGAGGAUGAGGAUGGUCUGCGCCGAGGGAAGAUGGCGGCGAGCGGACCCGUGAUCAGAUUAUCUGCGCGUGUCUGAGUUCGGCUCGGUUCUGUCGGUGUGUGUCGGGAGGCAUGUCGGACUCUGAGGAGGAGACCCAGGAGCGGCAGCUGAAGAUCGUGCUGCUGGGAGACGGAGCGUCGGGGAAGGUAGGAAACUAUCGUCCAGUAGUUCUCUCUACGGCUGAAAUGAUCUUUAAACGUGUUUUUACUCGUGUUGAAGGAAACCUGAAUGUGACGCUGCAGGUGUGGGACAUCGGAGGACAGACUAUUGGAGGAAAAAUGCUCGACAAAUACAUCUACGGAGCACAGGGCGUGCUCCUGGUGUAUGACAUCACUAACUCUCAGAGUUUUGAGAAUCUUGAAGAUUGGCUGAAAAUGGUGAGAAAAGCCAACGAAGAGUCCGACACCCAGCCGGCGAUAUCACUGAUCGGAAACAAGAUUGAUCUGGAGCACAUGCGGACAGUAAAGAUGGAGAAGCAUCAGCGAUUCUGUCAGGAAAACGGACUCAUCAGUCAGUUUGUGUCUGCAAAGACGGGAGACUCUGCGUUUCUGUGUUUCCAGCGGCUGGCAGCUGAGAUGUUGGGCAUGAAGCUGAAUAAGGCUGAGAUGGAGCAGUCACAGCACGUGGUUAAAGCAGACAUAGUGAACUACAGUCAGGAGUCGGUGGCUCAAGCCGUCAACCCUCCACGCAGCUCCAUGUGUAACAUACAGUGAUCAUCGUCUCUGUCUCGCUCGCGUCUGUGGUCUGAAAGUGUCCUGUUUGAUGCAGACGGACUCUGAACUCUGCGUAACGGACACACGGAUCCUGCUUUAUACUGUCCUCCCUCUUUCUUUGAUGUUUAUUUGCCAAUUAGACAUUGUUACUAAAAAAUCUUUAAUGUGUGCAAGUACCAGAGCUUUACCUUGUAAAUCUUUGCUUGUGUAAGUCGAGACAGAUGGAUGACGGAUCAUCAUAGAGGAUUGUUGUGUGUAAAUGCCUCUGGAGUUCGUUCAGCUGAGAACAAGCCGAGAUCUCACAUCUGCGGGAGAAUUCACUCGCACCGACGGAGAACUGACUUCCUCCAGAGCAGACUGUGUGUGAGUGUGUGUGAGUGUGUGUGAGUGUGUGUGAGUGUGUUUGUUGGUUUGUGCGAGCGUGAGUGUUUUCAUUUCCACGGGAUCCUCUACUUAGAGAAGUUUCAUUAUAUGACCUCUGGAUAUUUCUGUUUAAAUACUGGAUGUAUUUGUAAACUCAAGCCUGUCCAGGUGUUGUAGAGCGCUGUACUGUUUAGGAAUAAAUGUCACGACACACGUUGACUUGGAUGUCUGUUUUUUUUCUCUUCGCUCUCCAUCAUCUUCAUUGCUCUGGAAAAGUAAAAUAUGUCUUUUCCAAAUCCCACGGUCAGAAGAUGUAUUAAUGCGGAGGAGGAUGUAGACAUGUGGUCAGGAAUAUUGUCCAAUAUUAAUAUCAUUCAAAUGUCUGCCUGUAAUUUACUGAAACGUGAUGCCAGUGAGUAAUUGCGCCUGAAAUAGUCUCCUCUUGACAGCACUUACACACGAGCUGUUCAGAACGAGUCCAGCGCUCAUCACUUCAUCUGAUGGGGAAUUAAUAUACGCUCCAAACUUCAGUGUCCAUGUGGUCAACGUUUCAUUUGUUUCACACGAUCAGUCGGUUAAGACGGGAAACAUUUGACCUUCACUAAGAGAGAAAGAAACAUGUUAACUGCACUGCAAAAUAAAUUAUUAUAGUAGCUAUCAUAGAUGCAUCUUUAUAACGUUUUUGCACUGGAUAAAGGUGCGUUCACACCUAAAACGGUAGCUAUAUUAGCGUCCACACCAAUGCACAAUAAUGUUUACUAUAAGUGUGCUGUAGUUUUAUCAUCUGCCGCUUUAUAUGCUGGAACUCUGUAAACUUU